AGACAGACGAGCGAGUUGGAACUUGGAACAGAAAAAUGAAAAAUGAAAAAUAAAAAAGAAAAAAAUAAUAAAAAAACAGUGGCACUGCAUUUUCAGAAUUAGAACUCAAAAUAAAAAGAGGCCAUACCCAAUACCUAAAUACCUAUUGCCUGCACAGCGCAAACCCUCACUGACCAUCCCAUAUUCCCAAAUUCCAUUCCUGUGGAGGCCCCACUGGAAACUCCAUUCAUCCUCAAGCCUUUCUCAAUUUCCUAUUUAGACCAUGCCGGUGCUGGAACUCCCUGGAUCCCGCAUUCGUUGAUCGCCGCCCACCGGUGAUCUCUGCCCUUGUAUGGACACUCCCGGUCGGAAAGCGGCGGAGCCCUCCUCAGCUGCCGCUUCCACUCACUCCCUGGCUCGCUCCUCCAAGAGACCUCGUUUCCUCGCCUCUUCUUCAUCGUCGCCCAUCCCCACUCGCUCCCAUCGCAGUUCGCGACUCAUGGAAUCGGCCACUGAGGCGUCCGGUUCUAAGAAGGGCAAGGAGAAGGAAUCCGAGUUGAGGUUGAAGAUCAAAGAAAAGCAGAGAAGCUUAGGGUUAAGUAUCGAUAGCGAUGAUGUGCUUGGUCGUGAUGACGACGACGAUGACGACGACGAUGAUGAUGAUGACGAGGACGACGGCGAGGGCAGUUUUGGAAUUUUGCAUCAGAAUUUGACCUCUGCAAGUAGUGCCCUACAGGGUCUUCUCAGGAAACUCGGUGCCGGACUCGACGAAUUGUUGCCGUCGGCUGCCGUGGCCGCGACGCCGGGGAGUGGGCGGCUCAAGAAGAUACUAUCCUCACUGCGGGAGGAGGGCGAAGAAGGGCGUAAAAUCGAGGCGUUGACGCAGCUCUGCGAUUUGCUAUUGAUGGGGACGGAGGAUUCGCUGUGUGCUUUUCCGGUUGACUCCUUCGUGCCGGUGCUUGUGGAAUUGCUUAAUUAUGAGAGCAAUGCGGACAUAAUGUUGCUUGCUGCUAGGGCAAUUACGCAUCUCUGCGAUGUGUUGCCAUCAUCUUGCAGUGCGGUCUUGCAUUACGGUGCGGUUCGGUGUUUCUGUGCCAAGCUGCUGGAAAUUGAAUGUAUGGACUUGGCUGAACAGUCUUUGCAAGCUCUGAAGAAGAUAUCCCAGGAGCAGCCUACUGCCUGUUUGCGAGCAGGUGCUCUAAUGGCAGUGCUUUCUUUUCUUGACUUCUUCCCAACAGGUGUUCAGAGAGUAGCAUUGUCCACUGCUGCCAAUAUGUGUAAGAAACUCCCUCCAGAUGCAGCCGACUUUGUGAUGGAAGCUGUGCCUCUUUUGACAAACCUUCUUCAAUAUCAAGAUUCCACGGUGUUAGAGCAUUCUUCUGUCUGCUUGACUCGCAUUGUGGAAGCAAUUGCUUCAUCCCCUGACAAGUUAGAUGAACUAUGCAAUCAUGGACUGAUCGAACAAGUUACUGCACUUAUUUCUACAAGUAAUUCUGGAGGUGUUCAGGCAUCCCUGAGCACAUCUACAUACACGGGCUUAAUCCGGCUUCUUUCAAUAUGUGCGAAGGGGUCUCCUUUAGGAGCCAAAACUUUGCUUCACCUUGAAAUCAGUGGCAUUCUUAAAGAUAUACUUCCAGUUUCCAGCUUAGUUGGAAGCGUUUCUGUUUCCCCUUCUUUGACCAGACCCCCUGAUCAGAUUUUCGAGAUAGUGAACCUUGCAGAUGAGCUUCUCCCUCCACUACCAGAAGGAACUAUCUCCCACCUGAAUUAUUCUAGUUUUCAAAUGAGAAGUUCUGCAGGAGAGAAGUCUCCUUCCAGUGGUUCUGGUAAGGAAGAAAUUACUAAUGGAAGUAUGCCUGAGGCUUCAGCACGUGAGAAAUUAUUAUGUGAUCAACCAAAAUUUCUGCAGCAGUUUGGAGUGGAUCUUCUUCCUGUUUUAGUACAGCAGGUAUAUGGGUCCACUGUGAAUGUCCAAGUUCGCAACAAGUGUCUCUCUGUCAUUGGAAAGUUAAUGUACUUCUGCACAGCAGAUAUGAUUCUUUCUUUAUUAAAUUCAACAAACAUAUCAAGUUUCCUAGCUGGUGUUUUAGCAUCGAAGGAUCCGCAAGUUUUGAUUCCUGGCCUCCAAAUGGCUGAGAUUCUCAUGGAAAAGCUUCCUAAAACUUUCUCCAGGAUGUUUGUGAGAGAAGGAGUGCUUCAUGCUGUAGACACACUUAUAUCUCAUGAUUUGGAAAAUGUAGGUGGUGACCAAAUAUUGUCUGCUGAAAGGGGUAAUGAUUCCAUAUCUGGAACAUCAUUGCGUUCAAGGUGUUAUCGACGGGGAAUGGGCUACCCUAAUCCAGAUGGAAGUUUUCUUGAAGAACCAAAGGGUUAUAUUUCAGUUCACAAUGGUUCAUCUUCAGCAUCAGUAGAAAUUCCAUCUAGAAAUUCUAGGAGACUGGCAGUUAGUACCCGUGCUAAAGCUUUCAAACAUAAAUACUUCCCUUCAUGCCCUGGGGAAGCUGAGGUUGGAGUUACAGAUGACCUUCUACGUUUGAAAAAUCUCUGUGUUGAGUUGAAUUUAUGUGUAAAUGAUCAAAAUACCAAGAGAAAGGGAAAAUCUAAAGCUUCAGGACCCAACUUGACCGAUCCUUCUGCCAGUAAGGAGGAACACUUGAUUGAAGUGAUAUCUUCCAUACUGGCAGAGCUGGGCAGAGUAGAUGCUGUAUCCACCUUUGAGUUUAUUAGUAGUGGAGUUGUUGCAGCUUUGCUGAACUACUUCUCUUGUGGUGCAUUUUCCAUGGUGAGAACAUCAGAAGCUAACUUGUCUAAACUUCGACAGCUAGCAUUUAGAAGGUUUAAGUCAUUUAUUGCAGUUGCCCUUCCUUCCAGCAUUAAGGAAGGAGAUGAAACUCCCCUGAUUAUUUUAAUUCGGAAUCUUCAAAAUGCUUUAUCCUCCUUGGAGCGAUUUCCAGUUGUACUGAGCCAUUCAUCUAGGUCAUCCAGUGGAAAUGCACGUUUCUCAUCCGGACUUAGUGCACUUUCUCAACCAUUUAAGCUUCAUCUCCGUAGAGCACAAGGAGACAAAUCUCUACGUGAUUACUCUUCAAAUAUUGUAUUGAUUGAUCCAUUGGCAAGUUUAUCAGCUGUUGAAGAAUUUCUUUGGCCCAGAGUUCUGCGAAGUGAAUUGAGUCAGAAAAAAGACCCAUCAUUUUUUGAAAACUUGGAAUCUGAAACCCCAACUACAGAGACUGGUGCUUCAUUGUUUUCAACUUCUAAUCCUGCUUGUACUUAUCGCCAUCCUGCUAGAUCAAGAUCAUCAGUUGCUGUGGGAGGCACAUCUGUAGAGACACCACCGCAAGGGAGAAGUGAAAACUCAAUGCAAGGAAAGGGUAAAGCUCUUCAGGAGUCUGCUCAAGAUGAGGAAAGAGGACCUCUGACAAGAAAUAUUGCAUGCCGAGGAACUGCUUCAGAUAAAGAUGUGGCCACAAAACCAGACUUUAAUCCUGAGGAUCGGGAAGUCAAUAUUUCUCCAGUUGAGAUUGAUGAUGGUUUGGUAAUUGAAGAGGAUGAUCUCUCAGACGAUGAAGAUGAUGAUGCCAAUGAAGAUGUGCUGAGAAAUGAUGUCCCAUUUUGCACAUCAGAGAAAGUGCAUGAUGUGAAAUUGGGAGAUCCUGUGGAGGAUGGUAUGGUUGCCUCUGCUGCAACUGAGGCCCAAUCAAAUCCUAGUGGUUCAAAUAAUGCAGUAAAUUCUGUGCAUGCUUUUGGCUCAACAGGUCCAAUGUCAAUUGCUGCAUCUGUUGCCAUUGGCGGGUUAGUACCUCCAAACCGUGGAGGCAUUAGGAGUGGCAGAGAUAGGCAAGGAAUUACCCUUGCUGGUGGCAAAAUUGAUACUCCUAAAUUAAUAUUUUCCUCUGGUGGAAAGCUGCUUAACAGGAACAUGACCAUAUACCAGGCUGUUCGACGCCAGGUUGCACCAGAUGAAGAUGAUGAUGAGAGGUAUGGCAACGAAGUUUUAGCCAGUGAUGGAAGCAGGCUAUGGCGAAAUAUUUAUACCAUCACAUAUCAGAGGGCAGACAACCAAGUAAAUAGAUUAUCAACAGGAAGUUUGAACUCAACCCCAUCAAAGAUUUCCAAAUCUAGUUGUGCUUCCAAUUCCAAUCCUGGCUUCCACUUGAAUAACAUAUCACUUCUAGAUAACAUUUUUCAAUGGGAGCUUCCUUGUGAUUUAGAAAAAAGCAAUCCCACUUAUAAUAUAUUAGCAUUAUUGCGUGUAUUAGAAUGUUUAAGUCAGAACAUACCUCGAUUGAGGGCCCAAGCCUUCUGCAAUGACUUCUCAGAGGGAAAGAUUCUGUGUCUUGAUGAUAUGAGUAUUGCCCACAUUGAAGUUCCACCUGAGAAAUUCAUCAAUAGCAAGAUCACACCCAAAUUGUCUCGACAAAUCCAGGAUGCCCUGGCAGUAUGUGGCGGUACUCUUCCCUCAUGGUGUUAUCAGUUGACCAAAGCAUGCCCAUUCUUGUUUCCUUUUGAGACCAGGAGGCAAUAUUUCUAUUCAACUGCUUUUGGGUUGUCUCGUGCGUUGAAUUGGCUUCAACAGCAACAAGGAGCUGAUGGUCAAGGCUCUGCCAGUGAAAGAGAGGUUCGUCUGGGCAGAUUACAGCGUCAGAAGGUUCGUGUUUCAAGAAAUCGGAUUUUGGAUUCUGCCAGAAAAGUGAUGGAGAUGUAUUCUAGCCAAAAGGCUGUUCUAGAAGUAGAGUAUUUUGGUGAGGUUGGCACUGGAUUGGGUCCAACCUUGGAGUUCUAUACCCUGUUAAGUCAUGAUCUACAAAAAGCUGAACUGGGGAUGUGGAGAUCUAGUUCUACAUCAGAGACACUGAUGGAUAUUGAUGAUCAACCAAAUGGGAAAUCUGACCAUUUCUCUGAUGGGGAGGAACAACCUGGCUCUGUAAAAGGAAGUGGAGUUCUUGUGCAAGCUCCUCUUGGAUUGUUCCCUCGUCCUUGGUCUCCUACUGCAGAUGCUUCUGAUGGUAGCCAGUUUACUAAAGUGAUUGAAUAUUAUCACUUGCUUGGACAAGUGAUGGCUAAAGCGCUUCAAGAUGGACGACUCUUGGAUCUGCCGCUGUCUAUGGCUUUUUAUAAGCUUGUGCUUGGUCAAGAUCUGGAUUUGCAUGACAUCCUAUCAUUUGAUGCUGAACUUGGGAAGAUUUUGCAAGAACUGCAAGUCCUUGUUUGUCGGAAACAGUAUCUGGAUGGUGUGAGUGGUAAUGGUUGCGAUGCAACUGGUGGCUUAUGUUUCCGUGGUGCCCCUGUUGAAGAUCUCUGUCUAGAUUUCACCCUUCCUGGCUAUCCAGAUUACAUUCUGAAAUCAGGCUAUGAAAAUGUCCUUGUGGAUUCUGAUAACUUGGAUGAGUACAUAUCAUUGGUGGUUGAUGCAACUGUCAAGUCAGGGCUAAUGCAUCAAAUGGAAGCAUUUAGAGCAGGGUUUAAUCAGGUUUUUGACAUUUCAUCUCUGCAAAUAUUCUCUCCACAUGAAUUAGAUUACUUGCUUUGUGGCCGUAGAGAAUUGUGGAAGAUGGAGACACUUGUUGAUCACAUAAAGUUUGAUCAUGGAUACACUGCCAAGAGCCCUGCGAUUAUCAAUUUACUUGAAAUCAUGGGAGAAUUCACUCCUGAGCAGCAGCAUGCAUUCUGCCAAUUCAUUACUGGUGCACCUAGGCUUCCUCCUGGAGGUCUGGCAAUGUUGAAUCCAAAGUUGACCAUUGUGAGAAAGCAUUCCUCAACGAUGAACCCGGCAACCAACAUGAUUGGACCUUCUGAAUCAGCCGACGAGGAUUUGCCCAGUGUUAUGACUUGUGCCAAUUACCUCAAGCUUCCUCCCUAUUCCACCAAGGAUAUCAUGUAUAAGAAACUACUUUAUGCCAUCAAUGAAGGACAGGGAUCUUUUGAUCUGUCGUAGUCUCCAUCAUCACUAAUCAGGCUGAAUGAUAAGAUUCUGUCAAAAUGCUUUUGGCCUCCACAGUUAUAUCUUGCUAGUUUCAAUGUUGGAAGCUUGUUUGAUUUUGUCAGAAAAUUACUUUCAUGGAGUAGAAUCUCAGAAAUCUUGGGAAGAUGGAUGGGGCCAAGUUCCGUUUAAAUCAUAAUGUGGCGAUGGACUGGACUGGUUGGUGGAGGCACAGCAUUUUCUCUCCUUCCCUCUCCAUUCCGUCUGUGUAAAUUUCAAUAUAUCUUGCACCUUUUUUUAAGAAAUGAUUUCUUCAUUUGUCAAUGAUACCAACCCCCAUGCUGAAUAUUAGCAGCAGCAGUUGUCGGCUUUCUUUUUAAAUUUUUUGUUUCAGUGGGGAGAAUAAUUUAUGGACACAAGACAAAAAUAGGAAGAAAAUCUUUGAAAUAUUGACGUCUUUAA